AUGCUCCGCUCCGGGUCCGCGGAGAAUCUCCUCGCGCACCUCGCGCGGUCGGACAUUCUGCACCUGCGCAACAUCCAGACGGGCGGCGAGUGGGGCGGCGGCGUGCGCCCGCCGAGCAACAUGACGACGUACGCCUACUACCUCGACACGCGCAUCAAGAGCUUCCGGGAUCUGCGGCACGACCUGGUGUUCUCGCAGACCGAGUCGAACCGGCGGAGUACGGGGCUGGGCGCCAACUCGAAGGCGCGGCGGCUGCGGCACCUUCCCGUUGAGAAGGGCCUGCUCCGCGAGGUGAAGCAGGUGCAGCGGAUCCUGGACGCGCUCAUCCGGUGCACGUUUUACGACGACGACCUCCGCGACGAGAACACGGUGCUCGCGUACCGCCUCCUGAUCAAGGAUCUGCUCGUGCUCUUCCAGGCAGGCAACGAGGGCGUGUGCAACAUUCUCGAGCACUACUUUGAAAUGUCCAAGAUUGACGCGACGGACGCAUUCGAGAUUUACAAGUCGUUCAUCAAGCAGACAGACAAGAUUGUCGACUAUCUCGCGAUCGCGCGCCGGCUCAACAAUAUCGUCAACGUCCCCGUCCCCACCCUGAAGCACGCGCCGACGUCCCUCGUCAAGGCGCUCGAGGAGUACCUGAACGACCCCAACUUUGAGCAGAACAGGCAAGAGUACAAAAAGUCGCUCGGCGUGGUAGAAGGCAAGAACGUCAAGAGCUCGCCGUCGCCAAAGCCCAAGUCGAAAGACGAGGGGAGGAAGGAUGCGUCGAGCAGCAGCGCCGACGCUGCCCCCGCGCCCGUCGCCGCGACGCAGCAGAAGAUCCAGGACUUCCUCGACAGCAUCGAGACGGAGCAGGAGAAGCUGCACAGCUUGCAGCAGAACGCGGCGCAGCAGCAGCAGGCCCACGCCCAGCAGAUGAUGCAGUUUGGCGGCAUGCCCGGCGGAAUGGGUCCUGUCGGCGGCGUCGGCAGCAUCGGCUCGAUGGGCAGCAUGAACAGCAUGGCGACGGCCCAGCUCCACCCGCAAAUGACGGGCGCGAACCCCUUCCGCCAGUCCGUCAUGUUCCCGCAGCAGACGGGCAUGCCCCUGUCUGGCUUCCCGCAGCAACAGCAGCAAGGUAUGGGGAUGCAGCCGCAGGCGACUGGGUUCCCCAUGCAGCAACAGCAGCAGCAGCAGCAGAUGCAACCCCAGGCGACGGGCUUCCUGCAGCCGCAGAAGACGGGCCAGAUGGCGUUCGGCCACCAGCAGCAACCGUUCAUGCAGGCCCAGCCCACGGGAUUCCUGCAGCCGCAAGCGACCGGCUCGAACCCCUUCAGGCAGAGCAUGAUGCCGUCCUCGGGCUCAAUGGGCAAUCUGGCGGGGCAGGCUCAGCCCUUCGGUUCCAACUCGGCCUUUGGCUCUGGUUCUGGCUCCUUCUCGCAGCCCAGCUCCGCCGGUCCCUUCUCCCCCAGCACGAUCAACACGAGCGCCUUUGGCUCCGGGCCCAACAGCGCGUUCGGGCAAGCCUCGCAGCCCAACAGCGCCAGCGCCUUCGGGCCGGGCCAGUCGUUCACGCAGGGCCCGCAAACCUCUUCCCCGCAGCCCACGUCCCCGAAACCCCUCACGGCGCAGAAGACAGGCAGCAACAACCCCUUCGCGCCCCCCGGCGGCGUGCCCGCCCCGCAGGCGCCGGUGCCCAAGAUGCCGAAUCUGAACGAGCUCGCACAGCAAAAGUACCAGCAGCAAUUCGCGCAGGCCGGAGGUCUCAACCCGACCCCCGCGGCGGCGCAGCCCACCUCCCCGCCUCAGCAGCCUCAGCGGCAGCAGUCCGCCUCGUCGCCGUGGGACCCCCUCGGGCCCUCGAGUAACGGGGGCACGGGCAUGUCGGACAUUGCGAGCGCGUUUGCGAUUGACAAACCCCAGCAAUCGCAGCAAUCGGGGCAGAAUAAGGAUCUGCUCUCGUCCUUUGGGGAUCUCAACUUUGGCUCGAGCCCGCCCUCGAACAACAACACCUCGGAGUUUUUGCAGCCGCAAAAGACAGGCUUUGGGGGGAGCACCGUCAAGCCGUUCCAGCCCACGAGCAGCUUUGGCAAGAGCCUCAUGGAGUCGUUGCCGCCGAUUGCUGAGCCGUCCGCCUCCCCCUCCGGCCUGCAGGCGCAGAGCACAGGCUUCCCCUUCUCGCACGGGGGACAGUUCACGUCGUCCCCCGCCGCGUCGCCUGGGCUCGUUAGUCCCGGCGCUGCUCCCAACGGCACUCCGGGAGCCAACGGAGCCAACGGAGCCAACGGAGCCAACGGCGCGAGCUCUCCAGGAGGCAACUCGCCCUUUGGCCAGAACCACUCCAACUCGUUCGGCGCCUUCACCCCGCCCCCGCCCCCGCAGCCUCAACUCUCGCACUCGACGUCCUUCGGCGCCUUCCCACCACGCGCUAACAGCGUCUCGACGGCCAGCAAGUCCUUCACGGGCGCGCCCUCGCCGUUCGCGCCGCAGCGCUCCGCCACCACCGACCCGACCUUCACCGCGCCCCUGCAGGCACAGACGACGGGGAGCAAUCCCUUCCGCCAGUCCCUUAUGCCGAGCAUGACGGGCGGCUCGGCCGGCGCGGGCGUCGGCGGCGGCGGCGCGUUUGGGGGAAACAGCCCUUUCGCGCAGACCACGGGCACGGGCGGGAGUGGAGCCUUCGGCUCCCCGGGCGUGCCGGGCGUGCAGAACGGGGUCAUGGCCCACCCCACCGGCAUUGCUGCGUUUGGCGCGCAGCAGUUCGCAACCCAGGGGCAGUGGGGACAGAGCUUUGCCAGGCCGAAUUAG